AUGUCGUUGAACGUACAGCUAAUUAUGUUAAUCCUGGUGACAGUAUUGAAAUUAACGAUUGGGCAGGACGAGGGUAGCGUGGAUAGUUAUGCAAAAAUGUUUGAACCCAUGCUGAGUCAGCAGGAGAGCACCCUGGAACUGCACUUGCGUAGCAUGCGGGAUGCGGAUAAUAGAUUUGUCCAGUUUCUACUGAGACAGCAGAGUAAUGCAGUAAAAGUACAUGUUGCCCAGGAAACGCCAGUUGGAGAGUCGGGCGCAGCUCUAGUUUACGACGCUGUGGUCCACCAUUUCUAUAUCUAUGAACAUGUGCACCAAAUGCAGCAGCACCUAAAGCAGUUCACCAGCCAGGUCGGCUUUUAUUUAAUAGCACUGGAGCGAUUGGCAGUGGAUGAGCAACAGCUGUUGCAGCAGUUUAUGGAGACAAUCUGGCGGGCUCUUGGUCACAAUCGCAUCUACUAUGUGCAGUUGGCAGCCGAGCGAGUGCUGCUCUACAAUCCCUUUCUGCAAUGCGUGGUUCUUGCCGAGGAUGAGCACAGCUAUGAGCGCAUUUACUCCAAUCUGCAUGGCUAUCCACUACGCGCAUACAUCUUUGAUUCAGUGUACUCCGCACUUUACGAAGAUGGCUCCACCGAACGGCCUCUACGUGCCACAGGGCCCGAUGCCACUGUGGCAGAAAUAGUUGCCAAACACCUUAACUUUACGCUGAACUACGUUUGGCCAGAUGACGAGUUCUUUGGUGGCCGUCAGCCCAAUGGCUCUUAUACUGGAGGCGUGGGGCGUGCACAUCGUCACGAGCUGGACGUGAUCUUUGCCGGCUUUUUUAUUAAGGAUUAUCUAACGUCGCGCAUCCAAUUCAGCGCCGCUGUCUACAUGGAUGACCUGUGCCUCAUUGUGCAGAAGGCUCAGCGUAUUCCACAGUCAAUUGUGCCUCUCUUUGCCGUUCGCGUGGAUGUCUGGCUGUGCUUUCUACUCGUGGGCUUUGCAUGCGCUUUCGUCUGGCUCUGCCUGCGCGGCUUGAAUCUGGGCCUGAGCAUUGAGUGUCUGACCGAUCAAAAGAUUGAUGAUGGUCGCUUCUUGUUUAUUGCCUGGCGCAUCUUUAUCGACACCUGGAUCGUGUGGGUGCGGGUAAAUGUUGGAAAAUUUCCACCUUACAAUUCAGAGCGUAUUUUCUUGGCCUCGUUGUGUCUAGUUAGCGUCAUUUUUGGAGCGCUAUUGGAGUCCAGCUUGGCCACGGCAUAUAUACGACCACUGUACUAUCGUGAUCCCAAAACUUUGGCAGAACUAGACGACUCCCAGAUGCCCAUUUACAUAAAACAUCCGGCAUUUAAGGAUGAUCUAUUUUAUGGCCACGACUCGGCGGUUUAUCGACGCCUGAACGCCAAGAUGGUCCUGGUGGGAGAGGGUGAGGAUCGUUUGAUCAGCAUGGUCGCCAGAAAUGGCAGAUUUGCCGGUGUGACGCGCUCCGCCAGCCUUGAGCUUAGGGACAGACGCUACAUUAUGACCCACAAGGUGCACAAGAUACCCGAGUGCCCCAAAACCUAUCACAUUGGCUAUGUACUGCCAAGGCCAUCGCCCUAUAUGGAUGCCAUCAAUACUGUACUGCUGCACAUUUUGGCAGGCGGACUCCUAGACCAUUGGAUAAGCGAGAUGAAGGAGCGCGCCAAGUUGAAUAUACACCAUUAUCCCGAUUAUUUGGCAGUACUGGGCGUGGGACAAUGGAAAGUAUUGACUCUAACAGACAUACAACUGGCUUUUUACGCAUUGGCAAUUGGAUGCGUACUGGCUGCACUAGUUUGUCUACUAGAGUUCCUCAUUAAAUAA